GCCGAGGGAGUCCUUCUUCUCCUGACCAGGGAAGUCAGUGACGUUAACGAAGAAGAUCCUGGGCUGGCGAAUUGAUCGCGGCAAUCUGGCGGGGUCGGCGAGUUGGCUGUCGAUCGACAGCCGAGUUCUGAGCCAAAGCGGGAAAUUCUUUGGUUGAAGUGGCCGCACGCUGUUGAUGAGCGUGGGCUCGAGCGGCAAGGCAUCACUGCCUUUGCGGUUCUGUCUCCCACCCAGUCGAAGUCCAAAUGGCAUGGCCUGCGCUUGCAUCACCGUCAAUGUUCGAGGGAUUGACUUGUAUCGCAUCAUCGAUCCAGAAUACAGAGAAUCUUUCGUAUCGCUCUCCAGACUGUUUGCAAGCGCCGGCCUGACCGUGCUCGACGGUCUGGCACGCUUCCGUCAAGUCAGAUCGCCGGCUUAUGAGGUCACGCUGAGCGGAUUGGCUCCCUUUGAUGACAUAUGGCUGCCCCUUGCCAAAGCUCGACCGAUUGCGCAAGCACUGGAGCUUCAACACGCUCUGGCCGGCUUCCUCGAUCCCCAGUCGGGUCGAGCCUAUUCUGUCUAUGAUGACGAAGAGCAGGGACUUGUCCACAAUUGGAUUGUCGAUGCAGAGACGCUUGCGCCGGAGCAAUACAGCACAGAGGCACUAUUGAGCGCGGCUUUUCACCGGAUUGUGCUGCUGGGUGAGGCGCCGUCGAUCAGGACGCAAUACAAGCCCGCUCUCUUGCGUCUGCCUUCGACGAAUCCAAAUUUCCUCGGCAAGUGGGAUCAGGCCUGGAUAUCGUUGACGAAUUGGACACUCGCGCUCUACGAAUCAAAUAUGGACGAUCAAGCUUCGGACCGUGCGGGCGCUACUCUAGGGAAGAGCACGAAGCGUCUUGACUUCAAUGGCCACGGCAAGCUUGCCAGGCCUGCCGUUGAUCUAAAUGCCCAUCUUCAAUUUUCCCUCAUUGGCGCACUGCUGACCGCAAGCGAUACAUUUCCCGACGAUCAGAUCUCGCAAGACGGUCUUAUCGUCCGCUUGGCUCCAGAGGAUCCUGCUUUGGCGAUCGACAAGUCUGAAGUUGAUGGUAAACCCCAGACCUUAUCGCUCGCCACACUAGGCGCGCUCGGUCAUUUUGCCCUCAGGGAAUGGCGAGCCUCUCUGCGGCAAACGAAGGUUCUGCCAAACAUGCAUCUACCUUCGGGUGCAGCGCGCGAGCCAAGCUCGCCAAAGCCUGCUUCGCCAAAGCCAAAGUCGACAAGCAGCCCUUCUGUGGUGGCACCACCCUCGCCAUCUAGCAGCAUUCAUCUGGACGCAAUUCAGAUUCGCUUGCAAAGGCUCGAGAACCGUGACGAGGGUCAGCAGCUCCGGCUGGCGCGUGCUGCGGAGACAGAGACGCUCACACUUAGUCUACGCGAAGAAGUUGCUCGUCUCGAGGCCGUUGUCGCUGCCUUGCGCGAUGCACAGAAGCUCAUGCCGCCUUUGCCGCCUGCUCGGCCCGAGUAUAGAGAUGCAAGCACAUCCACGGCCGUCGUCAACUCGGGCGCUGCUCUGCAGAAUUUGUCUACUGACAUAGCUCGGGCGUCAACUGAUCAGAACGACAACUCGACGCAGAUUGUGUCUCUUGCAGCCACCUCGCAUCUACGUCGCUUGACCCUCAACAUAGCAAUCUUGUUAGUCUCUGCCGUCGCCUAUAAGCUGGCAGUGAGACACGUUACGGGCUCGCUCGACGCGCAAUAUCAGAUGAUUCUGCAUAACACGUUCGUAGUCAUCGGCUUCUUCACUCUGUAUCUACUAUCACACUAGACAUAUUGUCGUUGCAACAUCCACAUGCAUGCUAGAUACUCAUUUCCUGCCAAAC